CACAUGGGCCCCGUAGCCCGAAUCCUGGUGAUCGCGCUCGUCGCGAUGCUCGUGUACACCGCACCGGCGGAGGCGAAGUCGAAUAAGCAACGACGGACGCAAUCUCUGGAUAGGGAGGUCAAGGCGCGCCGGAGCGAGUGCGAGGAGGAGAUGAAGCUGGACGCGCGGUGCGGCGCGUCGCAGAUCGACUUUGACAACUGCGUCCUGCGAUGCGUGAGCGAGACGUGCUACGACUCUGUGUACGGCGCGGACGCUCUGGAGGAGGGGGAGGUGGACGUCGUCAGGGGCAGAACGUUCAGGAGCUGCGCCAGGAACGAGCUCAGGAACCUGAAGGUGGCGGAGAAUCAGCGGAGCAAGGAAGACGCCAGGCGAAGCGCCGAGGCGAUGUAGCGUCAGCAGCGGUUGGGGACAAAAUUUUGUAGCAGAGAGAUUGAUUAUA